GAUUUAUCACUUUGCUUUAGAAUAUGUGAUCUAAGAAAGUUGCUAGGCUAUCAUAAAACAUAUGAAAAGAUAUUUUUAACUGUCUAUAUAAUUAGGAAUUUAAGGAUAAAAAGGGUAUUGUUGAGAUUUUUAUUCAAUUCUGUUAUAUCUUUUAAUUGUUGUAGACUGAUAUUGUUUCAGAAUUGCAUAGGCUAAGAAAAUAAUUGGCUAAUAUUAAUCAGUCUUAACUAAAAGACAGAUUAUGAAUUAUAUAUAAGUAUUAAGUUGAAUAGUUUAUAAUACAUUUCACAAUUUACUCAUUUAUAGCAACAGGUUUUAAAUCAUCUACUGUGGUUGUAUUUUCAUGUUAAGUUAUAGAUUUGAGAUUGAUAGUUACAUAGAUGAAAUGUGAAAAUGUGAUUGAAGAAAAGAACAAAGUACAGUCAAUCGAAUUCCUUAGGGUUACAACUAUUAUCAUAAAUUAAGUUAUUAUAUAUGUUUAGAAUCCGAAAAAAUAUGUUAGUACAUCUACAGGACUUGAACGCUUCUAGAAGGCUGGUGAUAGACUGACACAGUUCUUAUUCCAUUGAUUUAGUUGAAGCAUAAUGUUUUAUCCCAAUUAUCUACAGCAACAGUUUUCUUAAGUCUUGAGCCAACAUUGAAGAAUAACUAAAGCAUCAGUCCAUGCAAUUGUGAUUCCUGCCUAUAAAUAGAAGAAGCAUAAGACAGAAUUUAAUAAAAUUUAUUGCGAUUUAAAUCUCUCAACUGCGAGGGAACUUUAAAUUUAAAAUCUACGAAUUUCGAAUCUAUAAUCUGAUAUUUGAAAUUUAAAAUUUUUUUCGAAAUUGACUGAAUCAUGAUUCUCACGUUCGAAUUUGAAAUUCCAAUUUUUUCGAAUCCUACUGCCUCGCAACAUUUUACUUUCAAAUGUUGAAGUUGUUUAUUUGUUAAUUUCCUAGAAAAAAAUCGUCAAUAUUAUUGCGUCGUAACGUCUCGUGUACACGUAUUUCGAAAAUAAUCACAACCCCUUUCAAGGGACGAAACCCUUUCGUAACCGAAAUGAUAUUUUGUUGGCUUCUUGACGAAUAUAAAAGAUCUCUCUGUAGCCAGAGUAACGCCAGUACAGCGUUGCUUCUUGAACAUUUUUCAUCCUCGUCGAGCAUAGUACCUAGAAAUAAAUAUUUACCAUGACAUCAAACUUUAUCUGCCUGCUUGUUCUCAUCGCAAGUUUAAACUUUGCGACAAGGAUCUCCUCGAGGACGGUCGAAUCAGGGGAUCUAAUGAAUAGCAUUCAGAGUCCUGUGAUGAUGACCCACAGUUACCCCAACAUGAUUAAAACGAUGCAGGAGAAAAUAGACGAGGGUGGAGAGAGGUUUUGCCAGAUCGAAUACCAAGUAACCAGAAAGAGAUCAGGAAAGUGUAUGCAAAUAAGCAAUGGAAUAACCGGAUGUAUUUCUGGAGAAUACAUAGAUCCUUUCCAUCCUGAUUGUUUUUAAGCUUAAGUCAAGAUUUUAAAUCUAAGAAUAAUUCAUCACGAAAGUUGUCAUUCUCUAUUGUAACAUAUUUGUCAAUAAAGUAUAUGCUGUCACAA